AUGGCUGACACCCUCCUACACCCGCUUGGGGUUGUCCCCAUUCAUGGUGAAGCGAACAAGUGGAAAUUUAUCUUGGGCGUCCUCAAGCAGGAAACAGAAGAUUUCCGCUACAAAAUUGGCACCCUACGGCUGUGGCUGUACUUUCUCAAAGGCAUAUUCCACGGCUCCGGUUGGGCUGUAUCCCCCCACCGGUCAUCCACCUGUCAGGACUACGGAGCUGCUGGCCUGGAGGGUCUCGGCAUCGCCGUUGAGGCCUACGACAGCACAAUCAACCGCUUCCGUAUCGUACUAAUGGUAGCCGUUGCCGAGCCCACCCUCUGGGGUGACGCGAUCGACAGGCUGCAGGAGCCUUCAAUCGCGAUGGCAGCCGAAUACUGCACCCGGUAUCAACAGGAGAGUAUUUGGGUCAUGACCUGCGGCCGGGAGACAGCAAAGCUGUGGGUGUACCAGAACUACCUGGGCCUUUGGAUCGAGAUAUCCAAUAUUGAAGGGACUAUGCUACCGAAGGGGAACGAAUGGCUGCACAUCGAGAGGAAUUUUUCCACUCUCACGAACGCGCUCCACUAUGUCAAGAGGAACCCGUUGCCGGAUGGGCGGAUGCUUGAGGAUCAGGUCCGGGUGAACCGCGAUAGGGACGAGGCGGAGAGGAGGGAACGAGGAGGCCGUUAG